AUGAUACUGACUGCAAACAGCUUUUGGGUUCCACUUCCACCUCUUUUAGCUCUUAAUGCUGGUUGUAAAUCCAGAUCACAAGUUCUUGUAAGGAGUAUAUCUGGUGAGGAUCCUGUAGUAUUAUCGGAUUCUUUUAGAGUUGAUAAAUUAGCUUCUGUUGGUGAGAGGACUAGGCUAAGUUAUGAAGUUGUAGGAAAGAAAAGAAAGGAAGAUGUUUCUGAAAAAUUAGAAGUUUUGUGGGAUGAUGGGUUUGGGUCUCAGAGUGGUAAAGAUUUCUUUAAAUUGGCCACUGAUAUUAUUAAACCAGAUGGAGGACCACCACGGUGGUUUUGCCCUAUCUCAUGUGGUACACCAUUGAAGGAUUCACCUGUUCUUUUGUAUUUACCUGGAUUGGAUGGAACUGGAUUGGGGCUCAUUUUGCACGAGAAAGCUCUUGGGAAAGUUUUUGAAGUUCGAGCUUUGCAUAUUCCUGUUCAAGAUAGAACACCACUUGAAGAUUUGAUUAAAUUUGUUGAAGAAAGCGUGAGGCUGGAGCAUGCUUCAUCUCCAAAGAAGCCAAUUUAUCUGGUUGGAGAUUCCUUUGGUGGAUGUUUAGCUCUUGCAGUUGCUGCUCAUAAUCCUACAAUUGACUUAGUAAUUAUACUUGUGAAUCCAGCAACUUGUUUCGAGAAAUCACGACUUCCAACUUUUCUUUUUCUACUCGAGGCUCUUCCUAAUCUAUUUUAUGGUGCCUUGAGUUCAAUUUUCUUAUCUACAAUACGUGGUUUAGUUGAUAUAUUACCAAAAGAUGCUCUUAUUUGGCGAUUGAAACUACUUAAAUCAGCUGCUGCAUAUGCUAAUUCUCAUCUUCCUUCCAUUACUGCUGAAGUUUUGGUUUUGGCCAGUUAUAAGGAUAAGCUACUCCCUAGUGAAGAUGAGGCACUAAGGCUUACAGAAUUGUUAAAAAAUUGCAGCUUACACUUCUUAAAAGGCAAAGGUCACAUGAUCCUAUUGGAAAAUGAUAGGAAUUUGUUGACAAUUAUAAAAGGUUCUUCAAAAUACAGACACACCUCAUACCAUGAUGAGGUCAAGGACCAUCUCCCUCCCAGUAUGUCAGAGUAUAAAAAGGAAUCCAAAGGCCAUUGGUUGUAUCACCUUGCUACAAGUCCAGUGAUGCUUUCAACAAUGGAGGAUGAAAAAAUAGUAAGAGGAUUAAACGGGAUUCCAAAAGAGGGCCCCGUAUUAUUUGUUGGGAAUCAUAUGCUCAUGGGGCUCGAUCUUUUCAUACUUCUUUUACAAUUUUUGAAAGAAAAAAAAAUAAUUCUUCGUGGAUUAGGGCAUCCAGAAGGUCUUAAACUCGACAUUCAAUCCGGGAUUCCAUAUAUUUCAAUUAUUUUACGAGUGUUUGGAAUGUUGCCUGUGACUCCAAUCAAUUUUUUUAAAUUAUUUUCUACAAAAUCAUACGUGCUUCUUUACCCUGGUGGCGCACGUGAAGCCCUCCACCGUAAGGGUGAAGUUCAUAAGUUAUUUUGGCCUGAACAACAAGAGUUUGUAAGAAUGGCUGCAAAGUUUGGGGCCACUAUUGUACCCUUCGGAUGCGUAGGGGAAGAUGAUGUGUCACAAAUGAUCUUGGAUUACAAUGACUGGAAGAAAAAUGCUGCAGUCAGUGACUAUUUAGAAGAAAAUAAUGAGAAAUUACUUCUUUUGAGGCAAGAUAAGGAAGGGGAGGUUGCUAACCAACAACUUCAUUUACCAUUGGUUAUACCCAAGAUUCCGGGGCGAUUUUACUAUUUUUUCGGGAAGCCUAUAAAAACAAAGGGGCUUGAGAAGAUAUUGAAUGACAAAGAGAACGCAAAUGCAUUGUACUUGCAAAUAAAGAAUGAGGUUGAAAAGAAAAUUGCGUAUUUGAUUAAGAAGCGAGAGGAGGAUCCUUAUCGAGGAUUUGUGAAGAGGGUUGUGUAUCAAGCAAAAAUCCAAACUCCUUUCGAUCAAGUUCCGACAUUUGAACCUUAGAUGAUACAUAACUUGGAUAAUGUAUUUUAUAAUUGGCUAAAUGCAUGAAAUAGCAAUGUACUUUCAUGUAUUUGUGUAUUAUAGUAUUCAGUUUUCAUUUAUAUAUGUUAUAGUGUGGUACUUUUUUUUUCUAGUUAAAGGC